AUGGAUGAUUAUUCCAGAGGUCACCUCUGGGCGGAACAUGAGACCAAUCCGGCACCCGAGGUCAUGGUCCAUUCUGCCCCCGAAGCAGUUCAGAUUCCGCUGAACAAUUUGCCAACUAGGAACGAUGGCGCAGACGACGCUAGGCGUGUUCACCCGGAUGGAGAUGUUGCCUUACCGAAUCAUGCAGAUCAAACGAGCCAGUCCAAACUAAAGCGUCGCUCGCGCCUUUGGACCUGGAAGACGAUAAUCGGCAUCUGUAUCGGGUUGCUCAUCCUCGCCAUUGUGAUCCCUGUUAUGGUCACAGUGGUUGCAAGCGAUCGAGGUCAUGGCCCUGGAAACAUUGAAACCACUGCCAGCUCGCCAGCAUCACAAGCUUCUUCCUACUUUGUCACACCAACACCCUCUUCGGCCACUUCGUACCCUUCCUCGACCCUGAAUCCGGUGAGUAAGACGCCCUCUAUCGAGGUGCUGCUGGCCAUUGCCAAUCUCCAACAAUAA